AGGCCUGCUUAUCAUGGUACAGUAGAUCUGAGCAUAAGCCAACGUCUCUGCUCGACGACGUCCCCAUUCCCCAAGAGAAGCACUUGAAAGAACUGCAGGAAGCCAGCACGAAUUACAGGCCAAUAUAAAUAAAACGAACGUCUAUCGAGAAAUUUAGUGUGGGUCGCCCUCCCACAGUACUUGUCCUAACCUAGUACAACCACAUCUCGACCAGCUCUGUGAGCGAAAAUGGCACUGCCGCCGGGUUGCGUGCGGAUAAAGUUCGCCUUUGGCGUUCACGGGCUGGACAUGAAGGCGGACGAGGUGGUAUCCGUGAUCGACGGGACGCAGGCCGCGUAUGCCGGCGUGAAACCGCAGUGGAAGCUGCUCAUGAUUGACGGCGAGGAAAUGGUCGACGAAACCUUGAUCCGACCGGCGCUCAUGAUAUCACCGUGUCAGCUUGGAAAAAUUUCCAAAAUGGAAAUAGGUAAAAUCAGCUUCCGUUACAGGGCACAUAACGCAAAAACAAGAAGGGACUGUCUUGCACAGGUCCUUGUAAUGCUUGUUAGGUCACGGGGCUACAAAAGGGUUGCCGUCAGCAAUCGUUGCUGCUUGCUAUCAUGACAGGAAAUUAUUUUACGCGCAACAUCAUUGCGCUAAUAGAAUGAGAAUAGACUCAACGCUCGAAGCGUUUGCGAAAUUCGUCCUGCUCCGCUAUAGAAACUGCGUAGUUUGCGGCUUCACAACAGUGUAUAGCGAUCCAAUGCAUCACAAACUUUUUCCUUUUUGUCGCUUUCCAACCUGACGCUCCCACACCUGAGAAAGUCCAAGUCCGGGAAAAAGUACGACAUCGUCUUUUCCAAGACGGCGGAGGAAAUGGUACUGAUUUUUUUGUCAUUUAAAAGUGAGGAGGACUUCUGUUCUGCGCUCGCUCUUCAUCACAUGCUUGAAAAAUGUUCGAUAUUGUGAAUCGUCUUCGUCGUGUGUCGAUACAGGGCCGGUAAGUAGCUGUGAACUACAAAUAAGUCCGGAGCAACAAUAAAGGAAUAAAUCAGAUUUUUGGUUGUAAUUUUUAUCAAAACAGCGCGCUGACAUUGCCGCCCAGGAGGCAGCAGAGGCAGCCAAAAGGGAGCGCAUGAUGGAAGAGGAGAGAGCCAGGAAAGCUGCAGAAGCGGAGAAAGCAGCAAAAGAAGGCGCGCACAAGGCCGAAGUGGAUGCCAAGAAAGCAGCGUACUUACUCUACUAUGUCGGAAAUAGAGGAUAUUCUGUAUUUGAAGCUUAUGAUCUUUGCACAGCGGAAAGAAUGUAUAAUCAUAAUAAAAAUCGGCUGGCGCUAGGAACAGAUCCGUCGAUGAGCAUGUUGACACGACCCAGCGAAUCGAUUCGUGAUACGAAAGUAUAAUUUCUACUUGGAUGCCGAAAAUGCUCUACCUCACUCUAGGUAUGCCGAGGGCCAGGCGGCAGCGCGCAAGGCAGCCUCGACAAAACCACCAUAUGAACUGCAAAUAUGUCUGGAUCCGGAAAAUAGCAAGAUUUGCGAUGCUUGUCUGACAUAAUUCUGAAGGCUGUGUUGCAUGGACACGAGAACAAGGUCCUUCUUCCUGUCUUGCAAAACUAGUCUUACCAUGCAUGGAGAAUACGCAACACACACCAGCUCAAAGACUUGUCAUGCUUUGCUGCGUGCAAUUCCAGUGCGCUUAUCAUUUACAGUCUCGCAAAAUAGUAGAACUUUCCAGGAGACACAGACGUAUUUGCAGUUGAUACACUAGAGGGCGUGACGAUAACCGUCAAGGAGCGCGAUGGACCGAAGGAGGCAGGAGACAACGAUGUCAUCAUCAAGUACUAGCGAGUUCUUUUGCGUCUUUUUUCAUGAGAUAGCUCCCUUUAAUAAACCCGUUUGAACGCUGUCAUUUGACAUGCAGUGUACGUCGCAAGAACUGGAUCCUCCUUCUCAACGGAAGAUGAUCGAUCCUUUUUUGAACAUCCACCUGGCAGGUAUGUCGACUACGCCGAGCCCUUUACACUGUCAGAGGACGGAAAGCUGACUAUCCUGAGUAAAAACGUCCCCACCCAAGAGUUGUGAUGCAGAUCUGCAAGCACAAGAGCGUUUGUAAUGCGCGAUCCCAUGAGGGGCAUUAUCACUAUCAGUCGUGUUUUGGAACUUGUAAUGCUGUAAACAGCAUAAGGAGAUCGAUUUGUUAUGCGGCUUCCCUUGCUAAACUGCACUGCACUACAACCUGCAAUUUGUCAUGCGUGGUUCCCAAAACUUGAAGGUUUGCGUUGCAAAAUCCCCAUCUUGACUCUGGGGUGGGGACGUUUUUACAUAGGAUACUGACCCAGAAGGACAUCGACGACGUGUACUGCAUCUCCGCCGUCAUGCCGAACUCCUUCAUGCACUUGUCGGUACAGAGAACAGUGAAUUUCAAUUUUUUUCGUCGUGUUCUAUUAUCACGCGCUUGCAUUCAAAAUGAAAAAUAAUUCUCAUUCGCACCAUGAGAUGAAAGAAGUGUUCCCGCAAUUUGUCAUUUGCCACGACGCACCAGAUUGUUCUCAUGUAAUGGGCGGGGGUUCCAUGAAGAAAAAAAUGUUUUUACUUCUGAAAAAAAUCAAGGUCCGCGAAUUUGUUGGGGACGAGGAGCAUUUGUACAUUCAGGAAGAGCCGCAGGGCGUGUGGGGCACUCUGACCCCGAAGAUGAACUACUUCCUCUACAUUCAGCAAGACCAGGCCACAUACGAGGAAGACAUGAAGCGCAUGAAGGAAGUCUGGGCCAACGCCGCGAAGGGUAAGUACUUACAUAUAACACCUAGAGUCAGUUGCUUUUGAUUUAUACAGAAGGGGACUAUGAUGAUUCAUUUGCAGAGUUCUUGGGUCACACGACGACUCUGCGUCACAAACAAGAUGACUGGGAAGGUCUUGCGUCGUGCAUUGAAGUGAUGACUCUUUGUUUAAGUAUUUGAACCAUACAAAGGACUGGUUUGUCGCUCAUCUUAGGUACUGAAGAAUACCUCUUGUCGUUUGGAAGGCAAGACGAAUAAUAGCCGCGCGACCGCAGAAGAACUCGCUGCGCCCGCUCGCCCGCCCUUCGCAAGACAAAAUGACCAUUACACGCCACUCGCAGGCGUCAGUACCUACCUACCAUGCGCGCGCCCGAUACAGCAAGAUUACGUCAACAGAUUUUUAGAAUUCCCAAAUUGAAAUGAUCUGACACAACACAUUCUAAACCAGCGUUACAUGUUCGCUGUCUCGCGCGCCCACACUACAACAUGCUGCCAGUGCCGCAACUGAACAUGAUGAACCCUUUCAGAAUUAUCCAGUUGUCUCUCCAAUCUGUCAAAACUCUCACUCUAGUAAAUGAAGAUCGCGUGGUCCUGGGGCAGUUUAAUUUUAUCGCGCCCAGGCCUUCUUGCCACGAUGCGAAUUCUUGUAAAAGCUGAAGUUGAGCGAGCUAUCGAGUUAAUGUAGCCCCAUCUGGGAAAGCAGAAAAAAAUGUCCGGUUAGAGAACUGCGCAGGAAAGAAGUUUAAUACCGAAAUAAUUGUCGUCGAUGCCCUGCUGUCCAGCUCUGCUUCCGCCCGCUGCGCCUCGCUGUUCUGUGUGCUACAAAAAAUACAAUUGUGUCGGUGCUCUCGGAGACGUUUGCAGUCCUGCCAUGACACUUGCCCGCGCGCUUCCUCAACAUGUUGAGGCUGCGAAAUGGAAUUCAAAUUUGGAUACAAUCUGUAGCAGCGUAAAACAUAAGUUGCCUAUAAGUUGCAAUAGUGAUACAUGCUGUUCUUUUUGCCUCGCGGCGUGUGCGCCGGCCCGAUUUGCGCCGCCCCGAUUUGCGCUAAGCAGGAGAAGAGAAACAGAGUACCGCCCUUGUCUGUACCGACAGACGAUGAAUUGCUGCCCCGCAUCGCGCAGCGCGUCCCUCACGAAAUGUCAAGAGGCUUACCGCCGCAGGAUAAGUAACCAGAUGAACCACGACCGAAUGAUUGAAUUCACUGCGCCGCGCGUCCUACGCGAAACUUGAACGCGCUUACCGCUGCAGGACAACGAACACGAACGCGCCAGCCGCCGCACUCCCACUCGCGCCGCGCCACACAAGAAUAAUGAGCCGUCGAAGUAGACAUGAUAGAUUGCGGCUACCCGAUGCUGCGUGCGCCAGAUGACCCUGAAGGUUUUUUCGCGGUUCCAAGAACACGCGCCGCGCUGCUCCGCACAUACCAGGGCUCUUUGUUCAUUUUGAUUUGAUGUUUCUUGCAGAUUUUCAUGAAGAAGAAAACGCAAAAAUAGCGGUUUAUUAAGAGGUCCAAUCCAAACCCUGUCCCCUCAAGAUGAAAUAGGAAAACGACACCCAAUUUUUCGUGACGCAGGUGAGCUGCCGACCAUGAAGGAGGGCUGCAGCUGCUUGUACGGCAGCCCGUGCGUGAAUCCGGACAACUGUAAGGAUUGGGACAAUCGGUACGCGGUGGCCAAGGCCAAUGGCGGCAACCCGAACAUGUUCCAGUAAGUGCGAUCGGGUUGGUGCUGCUCCGAAGGAUUCGAGAUUCCUUGCGAGUUUUGGCUCGAUAAGGGUUGUACACUUUGUAAUGUAAGAAUGAACAGACUUAAUACUAAGACAAGAACUUUUAGAGCAGCGAAAUAGAAGAAGUAAGUAGGAACUUCUCAAGGCGGUCGACGCAGUCCGACUACUUGGGAUGGGAAAAAAGAGCAGCCGGCCCGCACGCAUUAUCGGGGGGACUCGACGUCGCCGACGGUUCGGGCUUGCCUGAAUUUCACUUACACGACACAAAACUUCUAUAAUAACCCUUGUACAACAAGCAGACUGCAUCAACACCGAUAUUAUCUUCUACAGGGGCGGAACAUGAACACCGAUAUACAUGUAGAGUGUAGUUUCAGAUUGUCAAUCAGUAUUCAACUCUUUGCUUAUUCUACUUGAACCACCCGUCGAUGCUAAUCGUGUCAAAUAAAAGUGGGUGAGGAAUGAAUAAACGAAUCUACUACAACCGUGACAGAAGUCAACUGUAUCAUGUAUCAAUUACGUCACAAGAACUUCUGAGUCGCCAUGAACUUUUCAACAAGUAUGUCGUAUGCAAUGAC